CCACUCUGGGUGACUUCAGUUCCCACAGUAUGGCGGAGCGAGCAGCGCCUCGGAUGGAUUCUUCCUCCUGUUUGAAUACAUGGUUCGUGUCUUGACCUGCGGAGGGAUUUUUUUUUCUCCACCGAAAGCGUUUGAUAGAACUUAAAAACAAACAAAUAAACAAAAAAAAACAGAAGACAAACAAGCGAGUUAAGAGCUGUAUUGUCCCAGCAUGGCGGAGCGCGGGGCGGAUUUACCCAAAGAGGUGAAGGACCAGUUGGCGGAGUUGGAGCUCGAGCUUUCAGAAGGUGAUAUCACACAAAAGGGUUACGAGAAGAAAAAAGCCAAGCUGCUGGCACCGUACAUACCACAUACCCAAAAUGUGGAUCCAGGCCUAAAGAGUAUCCACUUGGCCCCAGGCCCUGGUGUUGACUCGUCUCCCAGCCCGGAUGCAGGACCUUCAGCCCCUCCGCGGCAACACCGCUCGCACCGCAGUGGGGGGGCCCGCGAUGACCGUUACAGAUCAGAUAUCCAUACAGAAGCCGUACAGGCGGCUCUAGCUAAGCAUAAAGAGCAGAAGAUGGCACUGCCCAUGCCCACUAAGCGUCGAUCAGCGUUUGUCCACGCCGCGAUGGAGAACUGCACCCCUCCUGACACGUCGUCCGCGUCGGAGGAUGAAGGGUCUCUGCGCAGACGCCAGGCUGCAGUGAGUGCGGUUCUUGCUCAGAGUCUGCAGAAUUCGGAGUUUUGGAUCAAUCGCUCCAUCCAGGGAUCGUCCACUUCAUCCUCGGCCUCGUCCACCCUGUCGCACGGAGACGGCAGCAAGAACCACAUCCAGAACACGCUGGCAGAUGUGCUCGCGCACACUCGCAUAGAGAGCAGCAGCGUUCCUCCUGAUGUGACAUCCUCCGUGCCUCAGGACAGAAACUCGCGGGUGGAAGUGAGUUCCAGCCCUGCAGUGAAGGGUGUGAGUCGUGGCAGUAACCGCUCCAGCAUGAUGGACACUGCAGACGGCGUUCCAGUGCACAGCAGAGUCUCCACGAAGAUCCAGCAGCUGCUUAACACUCUGAAAAGACCUAAACGUCCUCCACUAAGCGAAUUCUUCCUGGAUGAUGCUGAGCAGAUCGUAGAAGUCCCUCGGCCGGAUCCUAACACUCCGCGUCCUGAGGGUCGUCAGAUGAUCCCAGUGAAGAGCGAGCCCCUGGGUGUAGUGAGUAACUGGCCCCCGGCCCUGCAGGCGGCACUUGCUCGAUGGGGUGCCACACAAGCCAAGAGCCCAGCUCUCACAGCGCUGGACAUCACCGGCAAACCCCUCUACACUCUCACCUAUGGUAAACUAUGGAGCCGUAGUCUUAAACUGGCAUACACACUUUUAAACAAAUUGGGCACCAAGAACGAGCCUGUGCUCAAACCUGGAGAUCGGGUGGCCUUGGUGUACCCGAACAGUGACCCUGGCAUGUUCUGGGUGGCUUUCUACGGCUGCCUGCUGGCUGAAGUCAUUCCCGUUCCAAUAGAGGUGCCACUGUCUCAGAAGGAUGCAGGAAACCAGCAAGUUGGCUUUUUACUGGGGAGCUGUGGGAUCGGUCUGGCUCUCACCAGUGAAGUGUGCCUUAAAGGGCUCCCAAAAACCCCCAGCGGAGAAAUACUCCAGUUCAAAGGAUGGCCUCGGCUCAGAUGGGUCGUCACGGACACCAAGUAUCUUACGAAACCUUCGAAAGACUGGCAGCCGCACAUCCCGACUGCUAACACGGACACGGCGUACAUCGAGUACAAGGCUAGUAAGGAAGGCACGGUGAUGGGAGUGGCCGUGUCGAAAAUCUCCAUGCUGACGCACUGCCAGGCUCUCACUCAGGCCUGCAAUUACUGUGAAGGAGAGACACUGGUCAAUGUUCUGGACUUCAAGAAAGACAUGGGGCUGUGGCACGGGGUCCUGACAAGUGUGAUGAACAGGAUUCACACCAUCAGUGUGCCCUAUGCUGUCAUGAAGGCCUGUCCUCUAUCCUGGGUGCAGCGAGUCCAUGUCAGCAAAGCACGUGUGGCCCUGGUGAAGUGUCGGGAUCUGCACUGGGCUAUGAUGGCUCAUCGAGACCAAAAGGACAUCAACUUAUCCUCUCUGCGCAUGCUUAUCGUAGCUGAUGGUGCUAAUCCCUGGUCCGUGUCAUCAUGUGAUGCCUUCUUGAACGUCUUCCAGACUCAUGGCCUGAAGCCUGAAGUGAUUUGUCCCUGUGCCUCUUCUCCCGAGGCCUUGACUGUAGCCAUACGCAGGCCGGGUGUCCCUGGCGCUCCUCUCCCUGCCAGAGCCGUCCUGUCUAUGGGAGGACUGAGUCAUGGAGUGAUCCGUGUCAACACGGAGGACAAGAACUCUGCUCUGACUGUGCAGGAUGUAGGCCACGUCAUGCCUGGAGCUCUGAUGUGUAUCGUAAAGCCAGACGGGCCUCCUAUGCUGUGUAAGACUGACGAGAUUGGCGAGAUUGUGCUGAACUCUCGGGCUGGUGGCACCAUGUACUACGGCUUACCGGGGGUCACCAAAAAUACAUUUGAGGUGAUUCCUGUAAACUCGGGUGGAACUCCUAUAGGAGAGACAGCUUUCACCCGGACAGGACUCUUGGGCUUUGUUGGUCCGGGCAGUCUGGUGUUUGUUGUGGGGAGAACUGAAGGACUGCUCAUGGUCAGUGGGCGCAGGCAUAACGCAGACGACCUGGUGGCAACAGCGCUGGCUGUAGAGCCGGUAAAAACGGUCUACAGAGGGAGGAUUGCAGUGUUUUCAGUCACAGUGUUCUAUGAUGAGAGGAUCGUGAUCGUGGCCGAGCAGAGGCCCGAUGCCAACGAGGAGGACAGCUUCCAGUGGAUGAGUCGAGUUCUACAGGCUAUAGACACGAUCCAUCAAGUGGGCUUGUAUUGUUUAGCAUUAGUCCCAGCCAACACUUUGCCAAAGACCCCUCUGGGUGGCAUCCACGUGUCUCAGACGAAGCACUGCUUUGCGGAGGGCUCCCUCCAUCCUUGCAACAUCCUCAUGUGCCCUCACACCUGUGUGACCAACCUGCCCAAACCCCGGCAGAAACAACCAGUUGGAGUUGGUCCGGCGUCCAUCAUGGUAGGGAACCUGGUGGCAGGGAAGAGGAUUGCCCAGGCUGCAGGCAGGGAGUUGGGCAUCAUUGAGGAUCAGGACAUGUCCAGGAAGCAUCAGUUCCUGUCGGAGGCGCUGCAGUCGAGAGCACAGAGUGACCCUGAUCACGUCCUCUACAUGCUCCUUAAUGCCAAGGGGGUAGCAGUGAGCACAGCAACGUGCUCACAGCUUCACAAACGUGCUGAGAAGAUUACAGCAGCGUUGCUGGAGAGAGGAGGCAUUAACACCGGAGACAACGUGGUGCUGCUCUACCCUCCUGGUAUCGACCUUAUUGCCGCUUUCUACGGCUGUCUGUACACCGGCUGUAUACCAGUAACGGUCCGACCUCCUCACCCUCAGAACCUAGCGGCUACGCUUCCCACAGUGCGCAUGAUCAUCGACGUGAGCAAAGCAGCCUGCAUCCUGACCACUCAGGCUCUCAUGAAGACUUUACGAUCGAAAGAAGCUGCAGCCAGCGUGAACGUGAAGACGUGGCCCGUUAUCAUAGACACAGAUGAUCUUCCGAGGAAGCGGCCCCCGAACAUCUAUAAGCCUCCGACACCUGAGAUGUUGGCCUAUCUGGACUUCAGUGUGUCCACCACUGGCAUGUUGACAGGCGUGAAGAUCUCUCAUGCUGCAGUGAGUGCUCUGUGUCGCUCCAUUAAGCUCCAGUGUGAGCUCUAUUCCUCCAGACAGGUGGCCAUCUGCCUCGACCCGUACUGCGGCCUUGGCUUUGUCCUCUGGUGCCUCUCGAGUGUGUAUUCAGGUCAUCAGUCCAUCCUCAUUCCCCCGAUGGAGCUGGAGGGCUCUCCCCCUCUGUGGCUGAGCACACUCAGUCAGUAUAAGAUCAGAGACACCUUCUGCUCCUAUUCCGUCAUGGAGCUCUGCACCAAGAGCCUGGGCACGCAGACCGAGCUUUUGAAGACGCGGGGUGUGAAUCUGUCAUGUGUGAGGAGCUGUGUUGUGGUGGCAGAGGAAAGGCCUCGGCUGGCACUUUCACAGUCCUUCUCCAAGCUCUUCAAAGACUUGGGUCUUUCACCACGCGCAGUCAGCACCGCAUUCGGUUCCAGAGUCAACCUGGCCAUCGCCCUGCAGGGAACGGCUGGUCCAGAUCCUUCCACUGUUUAUGUAGACAUGAAAUCCCUCCGCCACGACCGGGUGAGACUGGUGGAGAGGGGAGCUCCUCAGAGUCUGCCCCUCAUGGAGUCAGGGACUAUACUUCCAGGAGUGCGAGUCAUUAUUGUGAACCCAGAAACAAGGGGACCACUUGGAGAUUCACAUCUGGGCGAGAUCUGGGUGAACAGCCCUCACAAUGCCAGUGGCUACUACACCAUCUAUGGAGAGGAGAACCUGCAGGCUGAUCACUUCAACACUCACUUGAGCUUUGGUGAAACUCAGACACUGUGGGCCAGGACCGGAUAUCUGGGCUUCAUCAGGAGAACCGAGCUACUGGAUGCUACCGGAGAUCGCCAUGAUGCACUGUUUGUGGUCGGCUCACUGGAUGAGACGCUGGAGCUGCGCGGACUGCGCUAUCACCCCAUUGACAUUGAGACCUCAAUAUCACGGGCACAUCGCAGCAUUGCAGAGAGUGCCGUGUUCACUUGGACCAACCUGCUGGUGGUGGUUGCUGAGCUGAGCGGCUCUGAGCAGGAAGCUCUGGAUCUGGUGCCUCUGAUCACCGGAGUGGUUCUGGAGGAGCACCACCUGAUCGUCGGAGUGGUGGUUGUGGUGGACCCCGGUGUCAUCCCGAUCAACUCUCGAGGGGAGAAACAGCGCAUGCAUCUGCGGGACUCCUUCCUGGCUGACCAACUGGACCCCAUCUACGUGGCCUACAACAUGUGAGCUGUCUGGAGCUUCUUCAAGGAAUCAGAAAUCCAUCUCAGAAGAACCUCGAUCUUUUCCCAAGCAGGGGGAUCAGCUAAUCGUCUCUGUGCCUCUCGAUAACAUGAGAUGCAGCGUCAGGCUCACAAGAGGUGCUUUUUUUUUUUUUUUCUUUUCCCUCUUCUCCUAGACUAACAGGUUAACCCCGCCAUGUUUUUUAACACGCAGCUUUGCCGACUGCCAUUUUGAAGAGCACGAAGGCAAAAACGUUGCAAGUUCUUGACUGCUUGCAGUUGCCUCUUCAGUCGGGCAGUCAGUACCACCAGCCCUAAAGACUCGCGUUCUGGUUUGAGACCGGACAGAAGACUGGAGGGGCUUAUGUCUAAAACUUGUCAUUGCACUUUAUUCCUCCUCCUUUUGAGCCUUUUUUUUUUUUUUGGUCUGGGAGGGUGUCCUUAAUUUUUCAUUCUAGAAGUGCAAGCAAAUGUAAAGAUGUCUCGCAACGUAUUUUGUCCAUCUGGGGAGAAAACUGCAAGUUUGGUGCAGUCUGGGAUCACAUUAUGCAUCAUUUCAUGAGGGAAAGCCCUCAUCGGUGCUCAGUCUGAACUUCAAGCACCAUUUCUCCCCUGCUGGACAUUGUUUAGUAUUAGCAGGAUCACCAGCGUCAUCGGCUGUGCUAGUUUGACACGCAGAAUUUGCUUUCUCGUCUAUAUAUAUAUAUUUUUUGUCUUUUACUCAGAACUACUAGUUGUUUUAAAGUGAAAGGUUUACAUCCAAACCUCUGUUUGCGUGCACGAGAAUAGAUUUUAUCGCUCAUUUUGCCAACAGUAAUGCACAGCAUUUGAUAACCAGUGUGAUUUUAAAAAGCUUUUAAAGGAUCCUCAUAGGAAGUCAAUUCGAACAUGCAGGAUUUCAGUCUUGAAAUGUAUAUGCAGUGAGCUAAUGUACACCUGGGGUGAAAGGAAAGUUUCAAGAUAAACUCCAUGCCUUAUGAAACCUGUGGAAAUUUUACUUUUAUAUAUAUAUAUAAAAAUAAUGUGUUUUAUCCUUUUAUUUGUACUUUGUACUGGUAUCAAAGGGACUGUGGACUGGUGAAAAUCUGGAAGGCUUCGGGGUGUGUGUGUGUGUGUGUGUAUCGUAGUGUCUCACUGGGUGUUACUGUAUAAUCAAACGGACACGUCAUCACAUCCCCUCGACUUGACUGAUCUCUCAUAGCUGAUGGGAAGAGUUCCUCAUCACUGGAUUAUAAAGUAAAGAUUGAUAAAGUAACUAUUUUACACAUUUGUCUCACAAUUAAGUCGCACGUUCUGUCUUUUUAAUUUGUGUGUGCUUUUGAAAUUUUAGUUACUGUGUUUGCGCACAUAUUUACCCAUUCCAUCAUGAUGGCAGUAUUGUUAGGAAGAAUAAAUAAAUCCAGAACGUUGACUUUCCGUGCAUUGUUAACAGAAAUGCCAAUAUUUCACAAAUGAUUUUAGUUUACCAGCUUUACAUUGCUUUACUGUUUACAUGCCGUUCAAUGUUUGUGCAUUUUCACGCAGGUUCAUGUGGCAUUUAACAACAAACAACCGAAACUCGCUUCCUGGCAUUAUGAACACACGCAGAUCCAUUUGUACAGUUUAAUCUGUGAGAGAGAUGAUGAUGUUUUAUUCUGUGGACUCUUUACUGACAGCUGCUAAUUCUGGUUCACUCUGUUCUGGCAAACUGAGAAUUGAACUUUAAUCUUAGUACCCUUCUGGAGGCUGUUCUGACCGAACGGAUUGAGUUUUGUUUUUUUAAAUUUCAUUAAUUUCAAUGCAGAGCUGAAUGCCCAUUUAAUUAAACUUAUAAAAUGGACGAUGUGGGUUUUUUUCUCCAUUUCUGUGACAGGCAAAAUGUUUCAGUGUCAUAAUACAGUAACAAUUUAAUGUAUAUACUGUAAGUUUGUCCAAGUAUAGUAGAUCUAUCUGAUUUUUCAUUUCUAAUCAUUUCGACAGCAAGCCAAGAAACUCAUUCACGCAAUAUAUUAGUCAGCUGUGUGCAGGACAUAAUACCUCUUUACAGCUUUCUAUUAUGUUCCAUUUUUUUUUUGUAAAAUUAAAGGUGCUGACUGCAGUGUCAUCUGAAGUUUUCUUUCUUUUUUUUUUUAAAUUGUGCACGGGAUUUUCCUAUGUCUCGCAAGAGCAAUAUCGUACAGACGAGAUGACAUCAUAUUUUGAUGUGCUGAGGAUCACUUUUCUCCAUUUUGGGACCGUUUUCCUACCUCUUGAGGUAAAGACGACGGCCCGACGGAAAUAUCUGAACACAAGGAGCUUUAACUAAUUAACAUAACUGUAGAACUGCGUCACACCAAGAUGGCGACACGUGGAAAACAUCAUGACAAUUAAAAAUGUAUGUUGUCCCAGCAGAUCACGUUACAUCCAAAAGCUGAAACAUGCAGGCAUUACAGAUCCAUAUAAUUUACCCACAAAUGUAUUUAUUUUUUAUUUAUUCUGCCCACUGUGCUCACUCCCCCCCCCCCCCCCCUCUCUCUCUCUCUCUCUGUGUGUGCAUGCACACUGACAGCUUCAGAUGGUUUAAAUACAGAGGAGGAAUUUUGCUGUGCUUGAGUGUACAUGUGACAAAAAUAAAGGCUUCUUCUUAAUUUA